GUGGUGCUCUGCAGGCUGCUGUAAUUGCGGCCGCAGCUAGAGGUGAAUUUGGUGAGAGUGCGAGCUCUGUCGGGGAUGUGCGUCGACGCAAACGGGGUACCGCAACAUCUACAACGGGAACUACCGGAGCUCCGGCGUCCAGACCACGAAGUGUCUUAAGACCACAGUCCGACUCCCUGUCAUCGGUGUCUCUGUCUAAUGGGAGUAGUGGUGCUGGUGGUAGUGAAGGACUCGGAUUGGGUGGUUCUUCAUCGCUUGGUGGCAGUUCGUCCCAAUCUAGUUCAAGCACUCACUCGUCCGCUUAUCUGACCGAGGAAGGCAAGGUGGAAAAACACAUUUUAGACCAAAUUGCUGGACUGAAUGCCGGUGGUCCACUACGGCGUGCACAACUUCGACGCUUCCGUAACGGUAGUACUUCGAAUAACAAUCCCGCACGCAUUUCAUCUACGCGAUCCUCUUACGACUCCUCCGCUUCCGCAUGUCCUGGACUGCCAAAUGCCCCGUCCAGUCACUCGGGUAGUACAGCCACGUUGACCGGUUUGGGAUCUGGCGAGGAGGAUGAGGUCAAUUCACUUCUGACAGCAGACGUUCCGGAUGAUCGAUCGCUUGAUUUGGACGGGGAUUCUGAUAUAGACGAUGAAAACUGUGCUGCCUCGAUUCAAAUUAAUCCAAUCACUCGUCUGCGAGAGCACCGUAGACAUGAGGAGAAUAGCAGUAUUCGCAUGGUCGACGAUUCUCAUGAUGGUCUUGAUUCCGGUCAAGACUGGGCCAAUCAGGUCCUAUCCCUGGCUGGUGUGUUUUCUAAGUCCCCUCAACGUCGGCCUCCUCUUCCCAGUAUGUCCGCGCAAGCUCCACCACCAGGUUUACCUCCAGCAUCGAUCGGACGUUCGUCCGAUCAAAAUGACCCCCGAACCGCAGUUCUAUCCCAACCAGUAAACGGUCGCGUCCCCGAGGUAUCUACUAGUCCAGAUCAACCCCAUCAACACCGUCUUCCCCCGGGAGAGAUAAAUGGUCCGCGUCGUUUAACAGACAAAUGUCAGCGAGAGUUGUUUGUUUGCGUGCUGCACAUUCUGUCUACUGUCACCGAGGAUCAGUUGACAGCAUUGUUUCACAGCUUCACCGUUCAAGAACGCAUACAUUUCUUGUGCAUGCUCACCUAUGCAAUUCAGCAUCUGAGAUAUCGCGGCAAAAAGUGCAUCCAACAAUAUGAACACAUCAGCAGGAGCGGGAUUGGCCGGACAGGUCUGGGAGGUGGCGGCACUAGUGGAUUUCAUUCUGGUGGACGUCGUGUGGCUGGUCCGUUGCUACGACCGUCUAUUACUCCCGUAGUGGCGGUUCAUCUGAGCGGUGACUCAGCUCCCGUUAGCUUUUUGGACCCGAAAGAUGUCUCGAACCAGUCCGGUCCUAAUGCAAAUUCCGAGGAGAACGAAGCCACUUCAAAGGUUUUACUGGAAGCGAAUUUGGCCACAGAAGCCGGUUUAAUCGUAUUGGAUUUGUUGAAUACGUUCACCUCUGUGUUCAAGCGUCAACUGGAAACAUGUAGACCGUCAGAUCCAGUGUUCACUGGAGUCUUGGAAGUUUACGUUACACUGUUGGCAAACAACCCCUCGGAAUGUCUCAUGAGACAUACGUUCGCCUCCCUGCGCGUACUUUUCUCCGAGUCCACAGAAAUCCUUAGUUCUAUUUGUUUGACCGGUCUUCGCUGCGCCAAUCAGCUACUCCCUUCACCGCCAUUAGCGGACCUACGAAACAGUCUCCAACCGCACCCCAAUUCAAAUUCGUCUGUCCCGACUUCGCAAGUGAAUAAUGGUUCCGGAAAUGUCCAACCAAGUCCAAACAAUCUGAUACGUAUGGAAGCCUGUGGUUUGCUGUACAAACUGUGGAAGUCCAGUUAUGAGAACUACGGACGAACCGGUUUCCAUCGGGUUCAUCUACAGACUAUCAUUUCGGUGUCCAAGCUGGUUAGUGAAAUCGGACCCGGGUUUGAGGCCAGUUUGAAUUUAUUGCAUACUCUGGUAGAAACAGAUAUGCGUCGGGGACCCGGGGAUACAGGCUCUAUCACACCGGAAGCGAAAUUCUGGUCCAGUUCAGAGGCGCGCGCAAUGUUCGGGGACGAUGUGAAUGAUUUGCUUCGGCGCAUUCGCACAGUUUUGACUGCUACGAACGAGAUGCGUCAGCACAAUGAUGACCACGAGCGUCUGGUUGAUUUGCAAUAUUGUUUGGCUAAGUCAUACGGUAGCAAUCCAGCGCUUCGGCGGACAUGGCUUGAGGAGUUGGCCAAACUUCAUAUGGCAACGAAAAGUUUGGCCGAAUUAGCUAUGGCUAAACUACAUUCAGCAGCACUUAUGGCCGAAUAUCUCAGACGACGGGGUGAAUUUCCCCAGGGAUGCGAAGCAUUCAGUGCAAUCACAUCUAACAUCUCACAGGAAGAGAAUGGAUUGCGUACAGACUCGGCCUUAUUAGAAAUCCCUUACACUCAGGAGGAUCUACUACUGGAUAUCAAUGAGGCUGCAGCCACCCUGGAAGCUGCUGGUCUAUUUGAAGCGAUUCGUCCAGUUUACGCAUUAGUUAUACCGGUCUAUGAAGCUCGACAGGACUAUACAGCACUGUCCGAGGUCUAUCGUCAUAUCGGGCGAUCGUAUGAAGCAAUUGGUCGUGCGGAGGCCAGUGGACAUCGGUUGUUUGCUGCCUACUUCCGAGUCACAUUUUACGGACAGCUCUUCGAAUCAUUGGCCAACAAAUCGUUCAUAUAUCGGACAAACGCAUGUCAAAAACUAGGUGGAAUGUGUAACGAGUUGCUCACAUUGUACCGAAACAAAUAUGGUCAGGAUGCUGUGGAUUUGCUGACCGAAUACGCGUACAAUCGUGAGUUGGCUGAUCCAAACAAAGCAUACAUUCAGGUCACCUAUGUGGAACCGUAUAAAGGUUCGAUCGGUUCGGGACGUCCCCUCACUUCUUACGAGAAACAUCACGAUAUCUCUCAGUUCAUGUUUGAGACUCCGUUUCUCAUGCAACCAGGCAUGACGACCACGUCAAGUCUAUCCGCUGCAGGUCCCAAACACACAGACGAUUUAACACAACAGUGGAAACGACGCACGAUACUCACCACAGUCGGAACGUUUCCGCAUUUGCGUCGACGCCUGGAAGUGGCACAGGUGACCGAGACUGAUUUGUGCCCCAUCGAUGGAGCUAUAGAUGCAAUCGAGUGUAAAAAUCAAGAAUUGAUGACUCAUGUUAGUGCCAUUCCGAUCAGCACUGCUACAAUUACCGGUAGGUUUGUCCGGUAG